AUGACGCAACCAUCGACUAAAGAAAGGGAAGUGCUCUUGAAUAUAAUAGAAUUAUACAAAGACAUGCCAUAUCUUUGGGAUAAAAAACAUAAGGACUAUAAAAACAAAGAUAUAAGAAAUGAUGGAAACAAAGUGCUUCUUGAAGUUUACAAAGGAUUCGAUAGCAACGUGACAGUGACAAAUUUAGUAAAAAAAAUUCAAAAUUUAAGAAGCGGUUACUUUAAGGAAUUAAAAAAGGUAAAAGAAUCGAGUCGCACUGGAGCUGGAGCUGACGAGGUGUAUGUACCUACACUUUGGUACUUUGAUGCUUUGAGUUUUCUUGGGUCGGUUAGUGAGCCUUGUCGUAUAGACCAAGACACAAUGGAAACACAGGAAAUUUCGACUUCAUCAUCUGAAACCGAAAGUGUACGAAGAUCUGAGUCAGCGUCUCCACAAAAGAAAAAGAGAGUUACGAAAGCUAGCUUACUGCAAAAGCAUGAGUCACUCAUAAAUACAGCUGGGAAACUUCUGCAUAAAAAAGAAGAGGAAUGGGAAAUUAUAGGAAAGGGUAUAGGCUUGCAACUGAAGGAUCUAAAUAAAAGACAGUUUUAUAUAGCUCAGAAAAUAAUACAUGACACCCUCUAUUACGCCCAAAUGGGAAUGUUAACUGAACAUUCAUCUGUCACUGGUCUCGAACAUAAUCAAUCACAGCACACUUACGAGUCAACAGUUGGAAACCGUAGAACUACACUAAUAUAUCAAGCUCCAUUUCGCUAUCCAGCCCGUAGACUGUAUACUCAAUCAGCUGGUGCAUCAUCAUCCCCUAAAUAUUAUAUUAAUUCUGAUUCUCAGUCAUCUUGUGCCAUACCGUCGUCACCAUCCCCAUCUCCAAAAGGACUACUUAUUGAGUCGCCUCAUCCAUCCCACUACACUCAACCACCAUAUUCUUCCCCUAAAUCACUACCUCAAGAGCCCUCGCCACAGCAACGCUCUUCGAAAGAUGCAGUUUGGACGACGAUCACUACUGAAAUGAAAGAAAGUUAA